AAUGAGGACAGGUUGACCGCAAAAACAACUGGGCAUGCAUCUUAUCAAUUAGAGAGCAAUAAUAUCCGAGAGUAACUGAAUGACACAAGAACCCAGCGCUGUGUGCGUCAUCAGAGAAGAGCUCUAUGACUUGAAUAUUUGUCAAGAUAGCGAAGCAACAGCUCAUCCUUGACUGAUAAUUCAACAUGGUGAGACACUAUUUUACAAAGGCUGUGCUGCUUGUGGUGAUUUCUUCACUAAUGACCUGUUCUUCGACAACUUCAAAACCUGCUUACUGCCCCAGAGUCUUUCAACCUUUAAUGCCCGCAAAGUCAUGUAGGGAAGAUAAAGACUGCAACGAAGAGGAAAAAUGCUGCGUGUAUAACGGAAAACCUGUCUGUGCCCCUGCUAUUCUUUAUGAUCAAGCAUGCCCAAACAUGUUUGGAUUAUCUGGGGUAUGUGCUGAACUUUGCAUCCGUGAUAGUGAUUGCGAGGAAGGUGAAAAGUGCUGCUCCAAUGGAUGUGGCCAUCAAUGCAUGUCCACUGUGCCAGUAAAACCUGGAAGCUGCGACCCUCCACUGUCCACCUCAUGGUGUCAUAAAUUCUGUGAUCAUGAUGGGGACUGCCCAGGAGAAAAGAAAUGCUGUCCAACAACGUGUGGUCGCUACUGCAAACAGCCAUAACAGAUACCAAUGUGUACCUCUGGUUAUUAAAAAAGGCUAAUAAUUGUU